AUGAUGGUUGGUCCAUCUGAGCCAGUCCCAUCUCCAAAGAAGGCUGCAAAACGAAAGCCUAAGGUUUUGGAGCCGGUAAAUACGAACCCUGAGGUAACCUUUGAGAUUCUAAAUCCCUUCUCAAACUACCACUAUUUCAACAUCCAUUUCUAUUGCCCAAUUCCCACCUGUUUCUUGGGGAUUUCACAAUCCCAAACACCUCUCUUCACUAAUUCUAAUGCAACCACCACAACAUCUAAUAUUGAGCCUCUAGUUACUAUCAAUGCAUCUGAUGCGGGGGAAAGAGCUUCAGAUUUCGCAGCUGGUCAUUCAACACCACCCGCUUCUCCUUUUCGCCAAAAUGAUCCAUAUAUGAUAUAUGGUGAUGAUGAUGAAGACUUCGCAGGACUCACCUACAGUCCAUUUAACAUCAGGACUGAAAGUGAUGACGAAGCUCCCGUCAUGGGACGGAAACUCAAGGCGAUUCAUAAAAGACUAGAUUUGUUGCUUCAAGCUUCUAAGGCAUCAUCCAAUGAUGAUUAUUCGCAAGCCACGAUAAAAUCCCUUCUUGAGACCCUUACGAAAGAGCAUUCUACCAACCUUGAAAAGAUGAAUAAGGCGGUAGAUGCUUCUACUUCUGUUUGCAACAACAUGACUGAAAAAGCCAAUGAAGUCAUUUCUAGCCUGGGUUCAACCCUUAAAAGAGAGAAAGCGAAACUUCAAGAGGUUCGCACUGGUCUUCCAACUGACCAUGUUGAGUUCAAUUCAUCCAUUUCCUCGAAAAUCUCAAAGCUUCAGGAUGACUCAGCCAUGGAGAGAAAAAUCAUGGAUUCUCUUUCUUUAAAGAUUGAAAAGGUGAAAGUCUUGACAGUCAAGUUAAGGAAUGCUGAAAAACAAGUCAUUGAUUUACUAUCUGAGAAAGCAACUAUGAAGAGUUGUAUAGCUGAUGUCAAUGGCAUGACUAUAAGGUGUUCUAGAAUAUGGUUCUAUUCUAAAAGAAGGGGAGAAGGUGUGACACAAUCAAAGAAGGAAGACCCCAAACUUUUAGUCAAGGCCACUGUCAAUCCGGAAGGCGAAACUGAGCCUAAAGGCAAAGAAAAGCUUUUCAUUGAAGUGCCAAUUAUCGAUAAUAGUGAAGAUGAAGAGCCUGAUGAAAAUGAGCUGAAAAAAAAGGAGUGUGAUGCUCAAAUUUAUGAGCAUCAAAGAAUAAUUCGUGAAGCUCAAGUGAAAGAAAAAAGCUAA